AUGACUCGGAGACUCCUGCCAUCCACGGAUGAGGCUUUCGGUGAUGAAACCUAUAGACGACCUCACAACGCGGACACAAUGAUACGAAAUGUUUUGUGCUUUGGAUUGAGUUUGGCUCUUCGGGUAAUGGUAAUAGCCUCGAUGUGUCAGCACUUCCGCGCAGUUGUCAGGCUGGAACAUGGAAUCCUGGCCUACUACCAAGAAAUAUCCCUCUUGGGCGUGGGGUCAACCAGUGGCCGGCGGGAUCAGCGUCAACCGACUUGGACAGACACGUUUGAUGGGAAUGAAGAUGGCGGCAACGCUAAAAGGCCGAAACGAAGGCCACAAAGUCAGGCACCAAUUACACUUCAGCACUAUUCAAUAAUCAGGCCUUCACUCUACGAACAGUUGCAAGGCCAUCGGCACUUGCUAUUCAACGAUGCUUCGAUAACGGCGUUAUCAAAGCAUGAUAUCCAGGCGGACAUAUAUAACACACCUUCAAGUUUCUACAUUCCUGGCGUGCGAAGUAAAUAUAAGACGGGAUGGGGGCUCAGGGAACCGUAG